GAGAAGUGUAUGCGCUCUGGCUCAGAGCGGGAUAAACAGGGAAGGACGGCGAAAAAAAUACCAACUCUUCAUCACCCGUUAGUCUCGAAUGAAUCACCGUGCGCUCUCCGGGACCAGGAGAUUUGUAGCUGCCGCAGUGGUUUGUUCCAGCGGGCAUUUGCUGCUUUCCACCCGGACGCGUCCGCAGUGCUGGAUUUUGCAGUUGAAGUGAAUGAGAUCAGACCAACACUCUGUUAAAAUAAAACCUUGAGACCCUGGCGGGAGGCAUGUUGUUUUAGAAGUGACAGCAUGAUUCUCAGAAGUCCACAAAUAAGAACUUCAUGAUGUUUGAUGUCAUCCCAGCGUGAUGUGGAAGUGCAUGUUGUGUGCUUUCAUGAAAGUAAAGAAAAGGGCCGAAAUCCUCUGGAGACGGAGAACUCUCCGUAAUCACCCUCUUUCCUGCAAGGUGUCCUGUUUCAGAGAGGAUGAGAGGAGAGCAGACUGUGGGUAAUGUCAGGAGAUGCCAAACGUGUGAACAACAGCAUCAUGAUGUCUAAACAUAUACUGCACCUGCUGAGACUGCUGAUGUUCAGAGAAUGUUCUUUCCUACAUGUGAAAUAGCCUACAUGUUGUCUAGGUUCUACGAAAGGACCCCUGAUUGGACACUUGAGAACCCAGGAGCACCAAUCAGAUCGCUGAAGGCACAAGGGACGCAAUAUGAAAAUCUGGUCAUGAGCCGGUGUCUAAUGAGAAAUGCAGUAUUCGGAAGACACAAGCACUUCCUGCCCUGUGGGAGACUAUGUGUGGGAUUACUCAGAUACGCAAUCUGAAAAGCUAUUGCACACAAGCAAGACUCUGGUCAUAACUGAAGCUCACUUUCCAGUGUGAUAAGACACCAAGCGUACUCGGAAAAAGAGAACAAUAAGCGGUUCUCCCAAGUUCACUGAACCUAAACAACGGUCCAUGUCAUUUCCACAUUACAUCCAAUUAUAAUUCUAGCUUUGUCCCAUUUCCAGUGGAAUACAGUAUAGAUCAGAUACAGAUAAGUACCUCGUGGAACCAUGACUCAAGCACAGAUUACGUCUGGAUCCAGUGGACAUGGGGGUGGUAUGGUGACCAGUGCCUUAUUUUGCUGGGCUAUGGCCCUUGUGUUUCUCUCACUGACAAACGUGCCUGUUGUUCAGGGCGAUUGCUGGCUGAUCGAGGGCGAAAAGGGAUUUGUGUGGUUAGCGAUCUGCAGCCAAAACCAGCCCCCAUUCGAAAAUAUUCCAUUGCACAUUAACAGCACAAUCGUUGAUUUAAGACUCAACGAGAACAAGAUUCGAAGCAUCCACUUUUCUUCCCUGAGUCGCUUUGGCAAUCUCACCUACCUAAAUCUGACAAAGAACGACAUCUCUUACAUAGAAGAUGGGGCGUUCUCUGCUCAAUUUAAUCUGCAAGUGUUACAGAUUGGUUUUAACAAGAUGAGGAACUUAACCGAGGGAAUGCUGAGAGGCCUGGGACGCUUACAGUACCUCUACUUACAAGCUAACCUGAUAGAGACUGUAACGGCCAACGCCUUUUGGGAGUGUCCUGCUAUUGAAAACAUUGACCUCUCUAUGAACAGGAUACAGCAACUUGAUGGUUCUACAUUUCGUGGUCUGUCAAAGUUGACAACAUGUGAGCUCUAUGCAAACCCAUUUAGCUGCUCAUGUGAACUACUGGGAUUUCUGCGCUGGCUUGAAUCGUUUCCAAAUCGGACGAGUGAGAGGAUGGUAUGUGACACACCGGCUAGAUUUUCAGGCCACAAUCUUUUGAGCCAAAACCCCAAGAUGCCUAGAUUUCGGAAUGCUUUCCAUGCACUUUCGUCCGUUUGCAUCAAUGACAAUUUUACACCUUAUCCUUACAGCUCUUCAGAUGGGAGCACCCCCACGAUUUUCCCUGAUUCAAGCCCUUGUGGAUUGGACGACUGCUCUUCAGGGACCAUUCCAGAGGAAACUAUGAGUAUCAGCCCCACAUUUUUUGAUCCAGAUGCUCGUCCUAUAAUGAAACUAAAAGAAGUGACUCACACAAGUGCAAUCAUCAAGGUGCAGAUUCCCAACCCGUUUCGCAAAAUGUACAUACUCGUCCUGUACAAUAACAGCUUCUUCACAGACAUCCAAAACCUAAAGAGUCAGAGAGAAGAGAUUGAGUUGCAAAACCUAAAAUCUCACACUAACUACACAUACUGUGUGGCAUCCAUACGUAACUCGCUGAGAUUCAAUCACACCUGUCUGACCAUCUCCACUGGUCCAAGAACUUUGCAAGAACGUGUGGCAAGUGACUCGACUGCUACUCACUACAUUAUGACCAUACUUGGUUGCCUCUUUGGAAUGCUCAUAGUCUUGGGCCUGGCCUUUCACUGCGUGAGAAAGCGCAAGCAGCAAGAUGAACCUAAAAGCAAAAAGCUUGAAAAGAUGAAAAGAAAUUUGAUUGAGAUGAAAUAUGGGACUGAGCUGGAACAAGGCACCAUAUCACAGCUGUCACAAAAGCAAAUUCUGUCCACUGGUGAAACAGUGCAAAGGAUCCCAUACUUGCCAACAGCUAGUGACGCAGAUCAAUACAAGAUGCAAGAGAUCUCUGGCACGCCCAAGACAGCAAAAGGGAAUUACAUGGAAGUAAGAUCAGAGCAACCAGACCGCAGCAUUAGAGAAUGCAGCUUUGCUCCUUCGGAAACCAGCCAGGGAUCUGUCGCAGAGAUAUCCACCAUAGCAAAAGAAGUGGACAAAGUAAACCAAAUCAUCAACAACUGCAUUGACGCACUCAAAUCAGAUUCGACAUCAUUCCAGGCUGCAAAAUCUGGUGCCGUGUCGACAGCAGAGCCGCAGUUAGUCCUCAUAUCAGAACACCCACCUGGCAAGACUAGUUUUCUUUCACCAGUGUACAAAGGUGGGUACCAUCAUCCCUUACAGCGACAUCACAGUGUGGAAGCUCCACAAAAGCGUCCGAGCACAUCGUCAAGUGGUUCACUGCGCAGCCCCCGCUCUUUCCGUUCUGAAGGGGCCUACAGGUCUGAGUCCAAGUAUAUUGAGAAGUCCUCCCCACUAGACGAGUCAGGAAUCAUAACGGUCACUCCAGCCGCCGCAAUCCUUAGAGCAGAAGCGGAGCGAAUUCGGCAGUACAGCGAGCACUGGCACUCUUACCCGGGACCCCACCACAUGGAGGAGUCAAUAGAGGAGUCAGGGAGCCGGAAGUCUUCUAUUUUGGAGCCCCUAACGCGCUCAAGGCCUCGUGAGUUGUCUUAUUCUGAGCUCUCACCGCAGUAUCAUAACCUGAGCGGCUAUUCCAGCCCAGAGUACAGCUGCAGGCCAUCGCUUAACCUGUGGGAACGUUUUAAACUCCACCGCAAGCGCCAUAGGGAUGAGGAAGAGUAUAUAGCAGCAGGUCAUGCGUUAAGGAGGAAAGUACAGUUUGCCAAAGAUGAGGACCUACAUGACAUUCUGGACUACUGGAAGGGAGUGUCCGCUCAACAGAAAUCAUGAUCGCUGUUUUUAUAGCUCAUCCAAUGGAAGUAUCUCUGGACCAAACCAGAAAGUAUUAACGAGAAGUCAGCACUCACUUUUAGAGGAAUAGCUUAGAAGUAUUGCUGAAUAGCUUUUUUUCAAUCAUUCUGUUUGAGAAUGAAAACAAAAUACAAGAUACAGUAGAUCUCGCAGUGAGUGUACGUAUGUGCCAAGUGGUAAGAAUAGAAAACGUUUAACAGUAUUAACCUCAACUCGACAUUUGAUUUUUAUAUACUGGAAAUAACAAUAAACUACUAUUAUGUAAUCAUUCUCAUCAUCAUCAUUGAUCAGUAGUAUUACUGUUAAGAUUGAUUGAUUCUUCUUCUUAUUACAAUGAAUCUUUGGUUAUCGCAUGGCCGUGUCCUGUGACAGUAUAUUGACUGUUGUGUACUUGGAGAAAAGAACAUACAAUUCAAAAUGUCUGCCGAACACUGUUCUCCACAACCUUAGAUUUUAUAAAGACUGUGAAAAGAUUUUUCUUUAGUGACUGUUCAAAGAACAACUGCUGAAGCACAGUCUACUGGAUUUUAAAACAAUGACUUUUUUGGGGAUGGGGAAAAGCUUCUGUUAAUGCUUUCUUCACUCUUUUUUGUAAAGUUUACAUUUUCAAAGAUACAACGAAUGUUUCAAGUCCUUAAAACUCAAACCUGCAACGUGUGGUUGAAACCAGACACUUUUUGCGCAGGUUUUGUAGAACUGGCUAUUAUUUUAUUUCAUCUUAAGUUGCGGUACUGAGACCCCAACAAACUCUGUCACAUGUUGUACACAUGUCAUGCAUACUAGAGAAUGUAAUCUGUGUUAAAUUUAUUUUGCUCUGACAUCGGUUUAUAGUCAGUUUAGCUCAGUUUAAACCCAGUUCUAUUCUUGUUUGCUUGACUUGUUUAUGUGUCAGUCUAUCAAAUGUUUUGCUACUACAUGCCAAUUCUAAACCACUGUGAACCUCAAGCUAAAUCAAUCCUGCAGCUUGUUUUUUACUGAUAAAAAUUCAACAGAUGUUCUCCUAAUAGCACUAUUUUUCCUUAUCGCCAUUAAUGCUGAUCGACAAUUUAGAUUCCACUGAUUCGAACAAUGGAAUUGGCUUCUAAAUUUGGAGGGAACAGUAUCAUUUAAGACCAGUACUGUGAAACCAGUUCUUACAAAUGACAUCUGAAUCAAAAUGUUUGACAGGUAAAAGGUGUCAGCCAAAUAUUAAAGGAACAGUUCACUCAUAAUGAAAAUGUAUGUUGUCAUUUAUUAACCCAGAUAACUUGUAAUGACUUAAAUUGUAUUCACGUUGUUGUGUGGAUCCAGAAGACUUGGAAUAUAACACACAAUGAAAUGUCUUUGGCGUUUUCAUGUCCCUAUUACUUGAUAUUUGCCAAAAAAUCUGCCAUUUGGAAUAAUAUGACAAUGACAAAAAGUUCAUUUUUGGGUGUAUUGUUCCUUUAAGACCUAGAGUGUACACAGUUUUGCUUUCGAACACCAUACACUUGGGUACAACAUACCUAUGUUUAGAAUGCUGUCAAGUCAUGAUUUGCAUCUAAUACAAUAUAAAGUGAUAUUUUGUAUCUAGAUAUUUAGUUUAUCCAACUUGUUUUUCAUGCUUAUCAAUGAAAAUACAGUUGUCAUAUUGAAUCUUUGUUCUGAAAUGUGUCUGUACUGCAACCCAGUCUUAAACAUGGGCCCAGUCUUUUUUGUAUCUCUCUCCCAACCUGAAAGUGUUUCUUUACAUUCAGAAUUACGUUCACUGAAGCAAUCUGGCAAUUCCUGAGAGCUUUUACUCAAAGUCUACAGGAGAAGACUACUGCAUGAUAUGUAAAAUGCAGAGACGAUAUCAUUAUUUAAUCCAAACAUUUGUAUAAUUAAUGGAAUCGAGUUCUUCUAUACACGAUCAGGAUGCAUUGCUGUUAAUAAAUCUAUACACAAAACUGACAAAUUUAAAAUAUUAGUAUAAUCAAAUCUUUAUAAAAAUGUCCCCUGUGUAAAUCUGUACUUUUCAAGGGUAAACUGUCAUGCGCUGUAUCUCAUCAACAGGUUUGUUCAGUUGAAUUGUCAUCUCUUAAAUUGCAAACUGUAGCACCCCUGAUUUCCAUGGACAAUGAAAGAAAGUUCAAAAUGACUCUUGAAAAAGCAAGCAAACAGCUUCAUGUACUGUAUGGGGCUGCUUGUAACAAUGAAAGAAUGGAUCUCAAAAGGGCUUUCAUGUCUGGUGGAAAUGUCAAAGAGCACAAUAAAAUGGUUUUAUUUCCUAAAAAUAAAUACUCUU